CGUUGCGCGACACCUCGGCUGUGUUCACGGCACUUGACGUGUCUCCGUCAACACAACAAUGGCGGACGCCGUGGAGGAAGCUCUUCAGGGCAGCUGGGACCAGGAUCUAGCUGAGGCUCUGGACUCUGGGGGUUCUGACAUGGAGAUGGAGAGAGGCAUCAUCCAGGUCCAGGAACAUUCAGCUCAACACAGGGCCAAGAUGUGGAAGAUCGCUUUAAAUGUCUCUGGAAAGGGAGACAGUCUGUCUCCCUGGGACGGCGUCUUCGAUUUACCAGAACAGACACUCAUUCAUAACCGCAGUCAACAGCUGAUUGAUCAGCUCAGAGCAUCAGAGGAAGAGAGGCGUGACAUGGUGUCCGACGUUGAGUCAGUCAUCACUUUCUACUGUAAGUCCCGCAACAUCACCUUCACUCCAGAGCUGAGUUGGCCGCACCUGCUCCAGCCUUUACUGGGGCUUCAGCUUCCCCGCAGCGACCUCUACAACUGCUUCUACGCUGUCAUGAACAAAUACAUCCCCAGGGACUGUGUGCCGAACGGCCGACCCUUCCACCUGUACAGACUACUGCUGCAGUACCACGAGCCAGAGCUCUGCUCCUUCCUGGACACCAAAAAGAUCACACCUGACUCCUACGCCAUCAACUGGCUCGGCAGUUUGUUUUCCAGUCACUGUCUUCCUGACGUCACCCAGGCCGUGUGGGACUUCUACCUCCAGCAGGCCGACCCCUUCCUCGUCUUCUUCCUCUUGCUUGUCAUGCUCGUCAAUGCCAAAGAGUCCAUCCUUGCACAAGAGGGAGACGGCAAAGAGGACAUCAUCAAAAUGCUGGAAGCGUUUCCUUCUCUCCUGGAAUCCGAAGACAUUGAAGAUUUGUUUUCUCUGGCUCAGUAUUACCAGAGCAAGACCCCUCUGUCGCUCAGAAAGAUGAAUCAGAAUCUGUUCGGCAGCAGCCUGGUGGCUCUGAAAGAGGAGGACAUUGACCUGAGUCAGGCCCUGUGUCUCCCGGUGUCUGUCCCUGAAAUCCUGCAGGCCAACCAGCUGCAGCAGGUCAGCGACGCUCAGGAUGGGGUACGGUUCUUUGUGGUGGACUGUCGGCCUGCAGAGCAGUACAACGCUGGACACCUGUCCACGGCCUUCCACCUGGACUCUGACCUGAUGCUCCAGAAUCCGUCUGAGUUUGCUCUCUCUGUGAAAUCCCUGUUGGAGGCUCAGAAGCAGUCUUUAGAGUCGGGCUCCAUCGCCAGCGGAGAACACCUGUGCUUCAUGGGCAGUGGGAGGGAGGAGGAGGACAUGUACAUGAACAUGGUGUUGGCCCAUUUCCUGCAGAAAAACAAAGAAUAUGUCAGCAUUGCAAAAGGAGGUUUCAUGGCGCUCCAACAGCAUCUGGUCGACAUGAACGUCGAAGGCCUCGACUCCUCGUACGUCCACUGGAUCGUCAGCACAUCAGGAUCUCACAGCAGCCUCAGCUCUGCUGAUGGAGAGUCUCUGAGCAGCCCUGGAGAUGGCAAAGGUGUCAAGUCCUUGGUGAACAAAAUGACCUUUGCUCUCAAGUCCAAGUCAGUAAACGUAAAGGAGAAGAUGAUCAGCUUCAUUGAGAAUACCUCCACCCCUGUAGACAGAAUAUCUUUCAAUCUGCCUUGGCCAGAGAAGGUGAUUCCAGAUCGGCACGUGAGCAGCAGCGACCGUGUCGGCAAACCUUACCGAGGCGUAAAGCCCGUGUUCAGUAUCGGUGAUGAAGAGGAGUAUGACACAGAUGAGAUCGACAGCUCGUCCAUGUCAGACGAUGACAGGAAGGAGAUCGUCAACAUUCAGACCUGGACAAACAAACCGGAUGUGAAGCAUCACAUUCCGUGUAAUGAGGUGAAAGAAACUGGUCACAUGUUCCCGAGCCACUUGCUGAUCACAGCGACUCACAUGUACUGCCUGAGGGAGAUCGCCUCAAGAAAAGGCUUUGCCUACAUCCAGUCCAGACAAGCACUGAACUCUGUGGUGAAGAUCACAUCCAAAAAGAAGCACCCUGAACUGAUCACCUUCAAGUUUGGCAGCAACAACUCGGCUGGAGUGGAGAUAUCGGCGGUGGAGAGAUAUUUGAUACCAAACGCAGGCGAUGCCACCAAGGUCAUCAAGCAGCAGAUCAUGAAAGUCCUAGACGCUCUGGAGAGCUCGUAAAGGGAGGUGACGGUGUGGCGAUUGGGGGGCGGGAUCACGACGGCGAGCCGUGACACAAACUAUAAGAGUCUCCGUCUGCCAAGAGUGAAACCUUCUCCCGCUCUCCCUCGGCUGUCCUCCCUCCUGGACGGAUCCAGUGCGGUGUUAACUGUAAAGCCCUGUGUGUCUGUGUCUUUGGGACAUGGGGGGUGGGGGGGGACACACACCGCUGACUGCAGACUACACUGUGUGUGUUGAAAUACUUGGGUGCUCUGCAGUCAUCAAACCGUUCUCUUAUACUAAUUUAAAAAAAUCUUGGUUAUAGUGUAUGUUUUACGUUACUCUUGAUAAAACACGGGAUCUCAUUAAGGUGCAAUUCCACUUUGGCGAUUUCCCUCUGGCCUUAACGUAGCGUACAGACCGACCAGUGGCGGACCUGUUCAAUCGUCACAUGACUGACCUUUUUCAUUUUGACUCGAGCAUCUCCAUUCUGACCCCCUCUGUUUUGUAGUAAACAGUAAUGCAGUUCAGUCAUGUCUCUUUAUUUACUUUUCGGACGUGUUCGGUAGAUUUAAUGAUCAUUGUUCUGGAGAGGACGUGAGCAUGAGUCAGCAAACUCCAUGUAAAGAUGCACAUCCCAAAAAAAAAAAAAGAAAAAAGAAAAGCAGUGCUGGCACAUGAGGCAGGUUUCCUACCGCAACAACUGUUUUUGAUAACUUUUUUUUUUCCAGCAGGCAGCCUUAAAUAGAAAUUAUUUGAGGGUGUUUAUAAAUAUAUGAUGUAUAUAUCGUGUAAACUGCUCUAUAUCAGCACAGACCUUUGCAAUGUCGUUUUGGAAGCAUAUCCUGAUAGUUAGAAUAUGCAGUGAAACUUAAAAACUGGUUUCUAAACCAGCUCACAAGGUUUGAAGUUCCCCUUCUUUCUAGAGUAAGAAGUGAGCCUUUUACAGAGUUUCUGGGAGAUAAUUUAUUCUCUGCUUUUACAUAUAAUAAUGAAUUAACCUCAUCUCAUAGCAGUCGGAUGUAGCUCUCCGAAAGCAUCGUUCACAGCCCCUCUGGACUCCAUCGGUAUUACAACAGGAGGUUCGGUGAUUGCAGUUAUUAAGAGCCUGAGCACCUUAGUAUUUUCCAUCCCGUUCAGAUUCAGUAUGUGAAUGAUUUUCCCACUUAAAACGCUGAUAAUGAAGAAGGCUGUUACUGUAAUUGACGCACCGCCGUACUAUUCAGAGAGAAAGGAUCACUGCAUUAAGAACUGAGCUGUGACAGGGAUUAAAAUCAGUCCGUCUCAUCUGUUUGCGUUCGUCAUCACUCAGCAGCUUUCGUGUGCUCGCCACUUUUGCCUUUGGCCUGAUGGCUGCGAUGUGUGACAUUGGCACCAGCAGUGGCAGCAUAUCACAGUGUACCGCUACUUCUCAUCUAAAUCUUACAAACCUGAUUGGGACUUUUCCUCGCUUUUGUUCUGGCUUACGUAUUCAUUUGCGCUGAGGUCUUGUUGUGUAGGCAGCCUGGGUUUAAAGUGUCCAAGCCUCUAAAGAGAUGCAGCAUGUUCCUGACAGAUCCAGUGGAAACUUCAGUCCAGAGAGGGUUUAUCUCUGUUAUCCUUUAAAAUGACAGGAGAAGUCAACAAAGGCAACAAAAACAAGGCAACAAAAAGCAAAAACUUGAAUUAAAGACUCAUAAAUCUGGUCUUUCUUCCCUCCAGUCUUUCAUAGCAUUCCUGUGUAACCCACGCAUUGUGUUGUAAUUUGUAAUUUUGUGAUACUUCUCAGUAUUCUGUUGACUGAAAGAUCCUUGACUGGGAGUCUUUACAUAACUCUGUAACAUCACUGGCAAAUGAUGUCAACCACUAGUCGAAACGCAACAUGUCUCAGUGUAAUUUGCACCUUACUGUACUGCUAUUAUUUUCUAAGCGUUUCUGUUUUUAAUAAAUGGAGAUUAUUCGACUGCA